CCAAAUCCAAUCCGCUGGCAAGGGCGAAAGACAACAACAACAACGACGAUGAUGCUUCCCUCGCUUUCUCGGCGACUGGUGGCCCCGCUCGUGCGCUGCAUGAGCACCACUGCCGGCAAGCCCAUCACGUGCAAGGCAGCCGUUGCAUGGGAGCCCAACAAGCCCCUCUCCGUGGAGACUGUUGAGGUUGCCCCUCCCAAGGCCAACGAAGUGCGCCUCAAGGUGAUUGCCAAUGCCCUGUGCCACACGGACAUCUACACCCUCGAGGGCCAGGACCCAGAAGGUAAGUUCCCGUCCAUCCUCGGACACGAGGCCGGCUGCAUCGUCGAGUCUGUCGGUGAAGGCGUCACCAGCGUCAAGCCAGGCGACAAGGUCAUCCCGUGCUACACCCCCGAGUGCGGGGACUGCCUCUUCUGCCACUCGGAGAAGACCAACCUCUGCCCCACCAUCCGCUCCACGCAGGGCCAAGGUGUGAUGCCUGACGGCACGACGCGCUUCUCCAUCAACGGCGAGCCAAUCUACCACUUCAUGGGCUGCUCCACAUUCAGCGAGUACACUGUUGUUGCCGACAUCUCGUGUGCGAAGAUCCCGGACGACGCCCCGCUCGACGUGAUGUGUCUCUUUGGCUGCGGCGUCACAACCGGUCUUGGCGCCGUCUUCAACACUUGCAAGGUUGAGCCUGGCAGCUCCGUUGCUGUGUGGGGACUCGGUGCUGUUGGUCUCGCCGUCAUCCAGGCCGCAAAGAAGGCCGGCGCCUCUCGCAUCUUUGCGCUGGACACGAACACGUCCAAGUUUUCAAUGGCGGAGAAGCUUGGCGCCACGGACUGCGUCAACCCCAACGACUUUGAUCAGCCCAUCCAGCAGGUGCUUGUUGAGAAGACAGGGUGGGGCAUCGACUACACCUUUGACGCCACCGGAAACACAGACGUCAUGCGCGCCGCCCUCGAGUCAUCGCACCGCGGCUGGGGCAAGUCGUGCGUCAUUGGCGUCGCCGCCGCAGGACACGAAAUCUCAACCCGCCCAUUCCAGCUUGUGACGGGCCGCUGGUGGGGCGGUACCGCUUUUGGCGGAUACAAGAGCCGCUCAGAGUACGGUGGCGAGUCGACAAUAGUGUAA